CUUGGCUCACCAUUUCCAUUCCGAGAAAGCUCUUCCUUCGAUUCCAUCGGAUCCCCAUUCUCUCUACGUCUCUCUCUCGCCUUGCAUCUCCGUCUGCAACCAAUUCCCCCCCCUAAUUCGGAGAAGCGAGCAAGAAAGGGCCGCUACGAUGCUGGGCUCCACCAUUGCAAGGGCACUUCGGUCAAGAGAUCUACUCCGUCCCCGUCGCUCCUUCUCUCAGCAAGCCCAGAAGCAGCACUCUCCACUCCCCGAAACCGAUGCUCCGGUUCCCAAAAUGCCCCCAUUCGACUACGCCCCUCCGCCCUACACCGGCCCCUCCGCCGCCCAGAUCCUGCAGAAGCGCAAGCAGUAUCUCAGCCCCUCCAUGCUCUAUUUCUACAACCAACCCCUGAACGUGGUGGAUGGGAGGAUGCAGUACUUGUUCGACGAGAAGGGCCGCCGAUAUCUGGACGCGUUUGGUGGAAUCGCUACGGUGUGUUGCGGCCACUGCCACCCCGAUGUCAUCAGCGCAAUUCUCAACCAAACCAACCGCUUGCAGCACUCCACCAUCCUCUACCUCAAUUCCGCCAUAGCUGAUUUCGCCGAGGCCCUUGCCUCCAAGUUGCCCCGCGAUCUCAAGGUGGUAUUUUUCACCAACAGUGGGACUGAGGCGAAUGAGCUGGCGAUGAUGAUUGCGCGGCUGUAUACGGGAUGCCAUGACAUCGUAUCGCUGAGGAAUGCGUACCAUGGGAAUGCAGCCGGGACUAUGGGUGCCACGGCACAGUCCAACUGGAAAUUUAACGUUGUACAGAGUGGAGUUCAUCAUGCCCUUAACCCAGAUCCAUACAGAGGUGUCUUUGGAUCGGAUGGAGAAAAAUAUGCAAACGAUGUUCAAGAUCUCAUUACCUUUGGAACUUCAGGGCAUAUUGCUGGUUUUAUUUCUGAAGCCAUACAGGGAGUGGGUGGAAUUAUUGAAUUGGCCCCUGGUUACUUGCCUGCUGUGUACAACACUAUUAAGAAAGCAGGGGGCCUCUUUAUUGCUGAUGAGGUUCAAGCUGGGUUUGCACGUACUGGGAGCCAUUUCUGGGGAUUUGAGGCCCAUGGUGUUACCCCCGACAUAGUGACCAUGGCAAAGGGCAUUGGAAAUGGCAUCCCUCUUGGUGCUGUGGUGACCACUCCUGAGAUUGCAGAGGUCUUGACUCGACGAUGUUAUUUCAAUACCUUUGGAGGAAACCCUGUGUGUACUGCUGCAGGAUUAGCUGUUCUCCGAGUAAUUGAGAAAGAAAAGCUUCAAGAGAAUGCACACUUUGUUGGGUCCUAUCUGAAAGAGCGCCUCACUGCUCUUAAAGAUAAGCAUGAAAUUAUUGGAGAUGUUAGAGGAAGAGGAUUGAUGCUUGGAGUUGAACUUGUCACUGAUCGCGAGCUGAAAACUCCUGCAAAAGUGGAAACUCUGCAUGUGAUGGAUCAGAUGAAGGAUAUGGGAGUGUUGAUUGGAAAAGGUGGAUUUUAUGGAAACGUUUUCAGAAUCACACCUCCACUGUGCUUCACCAAGGAAGAUGCAGAUUUCCUUGUAGAUGUUAUGGACUACACAAUGUCGAAGAUGUGAAAGAUGCUAAGGAGUGAAGUGAGUUCCUGCUUGGACUGCAUGAUCGGGGGAUUUGCUUGCUUGAGUCAUAAAUGGUGCCUUUUCUUUAUGGUUUAUAGUUACUUUUGGGAUGUUGCCCAUGCACCAGAUCCUGCAUCUAGAACCAAAUUUCAAUAUAGCAGGGUUUGGUUCUGCGAGGUUAAUGCCGCAACUCAAAAUUGUUCAAUUUCUAGGUUUAAAAAUGUGUAAAGUGCUCCAUUGUUUGGAGAUCUUUGGAGCUUCAGAUACAGAUAACUGGCAGUCACCUGGUCUGGUUUGCCACUGGAAAAUAAUCAUCUUAAAGUAGCCCAACAAGA